AACUGCUAUUGCGGUUCAGGUGAGAGUUUCCACUGAUUACGUUGCCACUACUAGUGUUGUCAGCAGGCAGUGAAGGGGGGGAGGUGACAGACUGCAGCAGAGAAAGGGGACACUAGUGAGACACACAGACGGAGCUCAUUCACUUCAACCACAGCUGACAAAAAAAACGGUCGCACUGAGUACACAACACCAGGCUGGACAAAGAGCCCUCAUCCGUUCUGCAAACAUGAUGAUGGCCUCCACUACACUUAUAAAAGACAGAGGCUUCCUGCUCUUCCUCGUAGGACUACUUGUGCCAGCAGUAUUUGUGUCAGGAGUCACCACCGUUAGUUCAUCCAUGACCACGUCAAAUGCUACCAUGGCAAACGCUACCUCACAGUGGAACAUGACGAACACCCAGUCCACCACAUCUGGAGCCAUGACCCAGUCCACUAGCAGCUCGAAGACUACAGGUUGGACCACUCAAAGUACCUCAACCUCAAUGAUGACCACCAAAUCAACAGAUGGCAUGUCAACAACCUAUACGCCCGCUGCUAUAUGCUGUCCCUCAUUCACCUGUAACUACUCAAACUGCUAUGACAUGUACAACAGUCAGAAUGAAACAUGGUGUGUUGCUGGAUCCUAUUGUCAGCUGACAAAGCAGACGGACAUGUCCUACAUUGCAAACUGCAGUCUCUCGUGUGGCGAUAAAUGCGUCAAUGACUCUCAGAUAAACUGCUUUGUGGCGUGCUGCAAAACCAUUGGCUGCCUGAAUGGCACGUUUGCUUCCAUGAUGAUGACAACGACCACAACUGUUUCAACCACCGUCAUGACAUCAACAACAACAGCUACGACAACAACCACAGCAGCCCCUACAACAACUACCAUUGCACCAAACAAUGGAAAUGAAUGCCAUGCAGGCGUCUGCGAUGGAGAGACGUGCUACACCCAAUUUAAGCUUACAACCUGCUCUGACUCAGAGCCACACUGUCAGCUUAAAAAGGGGUCUGGAACUCCCAAGUGGAAGUGGACAGCAGGCUGCACUUCCGACUGUUCUCAAGAAACAACAUGUCAGGACCAAGUACCACCCCCAUGUCAUCUGGAGUGCUGCAAUUCCACUAAAGGCUCCUGCCUAAAUUUGGAUGGCAAACUGAAUGUCUUCUCUUUCGCCACUAGAGGUCCUUAUCUUCACACAGAACUUACAGCUUCCUUGCUCUGUCUGCUGGUCGUUGCUAUAAUGCUGUGAGUUAGUGGCCCAGUUGAAGUGUGGCUCAGUAGGUAACCACGGCUUUGUGCAACUCACAUCCUCCAGAAAUAAAACAGAGGUAAACACCACUUUAUAUAUCUCAGUUAUAUUCAAAUGUGAUUGUUCUGUUUAUAUAUGUAUGGAAUCAUGUAAAGCUUCAGAUAUAAUGUUGAUUUUUAUUUCCUCUUUUAUUAAAGCUUCCUAAUCAUUCUUUUUCUUUUUAAAUCUCUGUUUUGAGUCCAAUGAAAUGGCUUUGAACAGUGUUUUUCAAUACAUCAACAUCAGGAAUCAAGAAAAUCCCAAAUGUAAAUUUCUUAUUUUUUUAUAAAGAAGCAAACUUUCUUCUGAGAGGAAAAUCAAACCAGCUAUCCAUUUAUCCUUUGUGUGUGUGUGUGUGGGGGCUUUAGCUAUGACCUUGCUCACAAGUGUAAAUGUAUCUAUUGUUGAAGUCAGAACUUAACAGCAGUCCGCAUUCCGGUUAAGAAGUCGGAAAAUGCAUCUUGGAAACGCCAUGGUUAGCAACACUGAUAACAACACACUAUGUCAGGGGUGUCCAAACUUUUUUAACGAGGGCCAUAUUUGAUUCCCGGGGGCCAAUGGUUCUUUUUUUCCCUUUUUUUUAA